AUGAAAAGGAAGGGUGAUUUUGGAGAUAAAGCCGAUGAAAGUAGGAUUGAUGUCGAUAAACCACUUUGGAACCAGGACACGUACCUCGGAAGAUGGAUGCAUUACAACUUCAUCACCGAUUGCCGCACGAUACUCGUACCAAAGAACAAAUUGUGGGAAGCAAAAAAACUCUGCGAAGACUAUAAGGCCAGAAAAGAGCCAGAGGGCCUACAGAGAAAAGACAUAAUCUAUGCAAAGAAGCUCAGGGACAGCGCCUUUCAUCCCGAUAAUGGCGAGUUCAUGCAUGUGAUAGGAAGAAUGUCCUUCCAGCUGCCUGCUUCUGUCGCCCUCACCACCGCUAUGUUGACCUUCUACAAAUCCGCCUUCAGUGUGAUAACAUGCCAGCUAGUUAAUCAGGGUUUCAACGCGUUUGUCAAUUAUACCAAUCGAAACGCGAUGAGUGAUGAUCCUCAGGAUACCGACAUUAUCCAGCAAGCGUUUAUACUCGCCACUGCAGCAAGUUGCGCGGCUGCUUUGGGAUUUAGGAAACUAUUUGCCGGCAGAGGAACUCUCUUUGCAAGAUUCGUUCCGUUUUGUGCGGUUGCUGUCGGCAAUAUGAUAAAUCUCCCCAUCAUGAGGCAACGAGAGAUCACGCGGGGUAUUCCAAUAUUCGCCAAGAACGGUGAAGAAGUAUACAUCAUGAAGACACAAGUAGCCGCCGUCAAGGGUAUUUCUGAAUGCAUCCUCACAAGGAUAAUAAUGGCCGCGCCCGGAAUGCUGAUGGUUCCAGUCAUUACGCAACGAAUGCAAUCGUAUAGGUUCUACAAACUUCGUCCAUGGAUCACUGUUCCCGUAGAAAUAGGUUUAUGCAUACUCUGUUUGUUAGUCAUGAUCCCUUCGGCACUCGCCAUUUUUCCGCAGAAAAAUUCGAUGAAGCCAGAACUAUUAAAAAUAUACCCGGAGGAGUAUAAAAUAUUUCGAGAGAAAAUGGGUCAGCGCAAACAUCCGGAUAAAGUUUAUUAUAAUAAAGGAUUGUAG